GGACAGCGAGAUGAAGUGGCAUCUUUCUCAGGUGUCCCGUGUUCUUGUGUGGUAUAUAGAUAGCUUGUACUCACUGCUGCUCAGAUGGGACCUCGCUCAUGGAGCGGUGACGCACUUACGACGCACAGUUUCCCAGCAUGCAGCAGGAGAUUUGGCUGAGGGCUCUUCUUCAUACCUGCGUGUGCAAUGAGAUCGGCCGCUGCGCAAACACUCCCGACUAGACCGUCCGAACAAGAGCUCAAAAAUGCCUUAUCCAACAGCGUCGCAGGACAGAACCACGUCUCCAACUCCAGCAGACCAGCAGCAGCACAGUGCAGAACAAAGACGUCCACAGACACUUUUAAUUGUAGUUCUUUGCAUCAUCAUGGCGAUAAUCAAGAAAAUGCAGAUAAAUGUGAUAUUGCCGAGGGCACUUGGAAUCUGAACAACCGGGUGAAGGCCUCGAGGAACCAUCAGGAGCUUCGCAUGGAGCUGUUACAGGCCCACAAAAAAGGGCCGCUGGCGUGCUGUAAGCCGGAGCUUCAGAUGGUUCUGGAGAAGAGGAAGAGAGAGCAGACCCAGAGAGAGGAGGGAGAGCAGAGCAGGAGUCCUCUGGAGCAGGUGCUGCUCGAACGCCAGCACAAACAUCAGGAGAUGAUGAAGGAGAAGGAGGAGGAGCAGAGGCUACGUGAGGAGGUGCAGCUCUUGGAGUUCGUCCGAGUGAGACAGAACCUGAGGAAGGUCCGCACAGCUCUACAGAAGAGCCUUCACUCCUGAAUCUGACCAGCGCUGAUCUGACUAAACACAAAUACAGGACACGGUGUUUCAUUAUAUUCAUUAUUUUUGUUAUUAAACUUUUUCACAGUCUGUUACAGUACACUACUUUUCAUUGUGUUCUGUAAUAAUUAAAUAAUGUUUAAAAAACACAUCUUAAAACACCAUUAGCAAUUACUGAUAGGCCCUAAUACUGUAAAACUAUACAAAAUCAGCUGAAAUCAUUCUGUCAUUUUCUUUAACUUUUUUGUUGAGAGUGGAGGCCAGUUUUAUUGUAAAACCCGAAAUGUGAUUAAAUAAAAAACACA